UCGGUGUCCCGGUCCCGCAGCAUCUGUCACUCAUGGCAGCGGCGCCUUCACAGCAGCCACCCGCGGCGGCCCGUGCCCGGAACCUGCCCUGGGUUGAGAAGUACCGGCCACAGACCCUGACCGAUCUCAUUUCUCACCAGGACAUUCUGAGUACCAUUCAGAAGUUCAUCAGCGAAGACCGCCUGCCCCACCUCCUUCUCUAUGGGCCUCCAGGGACGGGAAAGACAUCCACCAUCCUGGCCUGUGCCAAGCAGCUGUACAGAGAGAAAGAGUUUGGCUCCAUGGUCUUGGAGCUCAACGCUUCUGACGACCGAGGAAUUGAUAUCGUUCGGGGGCCAAUCCUCAGCUUCGCCAGCACAAGGACAAUCUUCAAGAAAGGGUUUAAGCUUGUGAUAUUGGACGAAGCUGACGCCAUGACCCAGGAUGCCCAGAAUGCCUUGAGACGAGUGAUUGAGAAGUUCACGGAAAACACCAGGUUUUGCCUCAUCUGUAAUUACCUGUCCAAGAUCAUCCCUGCCUUGCAGUCACGGUGCACGAGGUUCCGGUUUGGCCCCCUGACACCUGAGCUCAUGGUUCCACGCCUGGAGCAUGUAGUAAGAGAAGAGAAUGUCGAUAUAAGUGAAGAUGGAAUGAAGGCCCUUGUCACUCUGUCCAGCGGGGACAUGCGAAGGGCCUUGAACAUUCUGCAGAGUACCAACAUGGCCUUUGGGAAGGUGACAGAGGAUACGGUCUACACAUGCACCGGGCAUCCACUCAAGACAGACAUUGCCAAUAUUCUCGACUGGAUGCUGAAUCUAGACUUCACCACGGCCUACAAAAAUAUCAUGGAGCUGAAAACUCUGAAGGGCUUGGCGCUGCAUGACAUCCUGACAGAGGUUCACUUGUUUGUGCACAGAGUUGACUUUCCAUCUUCAGUUCGGAUACAUUUAUUGACCAAAAUGGCAGACAUUGAGUACAGACUCUCGGUUGGCACCAGUGAGAAGAUACAGCUGAGCUCUCUCAUUGCUGCAUUUCAAGUCACCAGAGACCUGAUAGUGGCCGAGGCCUAGACACUGCACGGCCUGCUGGCCCUGCCUCAGGCCCAUCGGGAGCUGGAGGACAGGGAAUGUGCUGCUCUGGGCCACAGAAGUCUCUCCGUGCAGGGAAUUUGGCAGAGUUCUCUGUGGCUGCUUGGAGCAGGGGUCUACAGAGCAACUUCAGUUUGUAACUAUCCACACCGCUUGCUUUUUUGUUUGGUUUUGUUUUUCAAGACAGAGUCUCUCUGUUAGCUUUGGCUGUCUUAGACUCGCUUUGUAGACCAGGCUGGCCUCGAACUCACAUUGAUCCACCUGCCUCUGCCUCCUGAGUGCUAGGAUUAAAGGCGUGUACCACCAUGCCCAGCCCACUGUUUGUCUUUUAUAA